AUGCAGAUAACUGUCACUGACCCUGAUGGCCAGAUCUUCACUCUGGAUCUCACCGGGGAGGCAGAGAUCUCGGCGCUUAAGGACAUCAUCUCAGUGGAGUUCAACAUACCCCCAGAGAGACAGCGGAUUCUACUUGAUGGGCAGCCGCUUCGGAACACCGCGAGGACUCUAGCGGAGGCGAGGGUGGGGGAAGGGGCGAUGCUGCUCGUCUUCAACGAGCCCCCUCCACCUGCAGGAACAACUACUUCACCUGGCAUUCCUGGUUCCAUGGAGGCGCGUACACAGCAAGCACACCAGCUGCUGACUCCCAGAGCUCAAACACCACAGCGGCAGCAACCACCUACUACCUUGCCCUUUGACUUUUCAAGCAUUGUCGUGGAUGGCGGUCGCGUCGCUGAGUUCCCUGCAGGGGAGACCAUUGUCCCCUCCCGACGCGCAUCGCCUGCUGCACCGGCUGCUAGCACUCGCACCUCCCCACCGGCGAUUCCAGGGGUUGCUAAUACUCCACCCUCUACACCUGGUUCAGAAGCACACGUAAAAGUGUUGAUACGGCGUCGCGCAGAAGCUGCAGUGGCUGCAGCAAGGGCGGAUCCCACCUCCCUGAGCCUCAUCCGAGCGCACAAUCCCGUCCUAGGGGAUGCCAUCAAAGCUGCUGCAGACGAGCGAGACGCAGCUCUUGUGCGAGAAGGAACAGAUGGGGCUCAGCAAGCAGAGAGUGGCACAGCGAUGAAACAGUUGGUAGAACUUAUAGAAAAAGAAUAUGAGGCUCAAAAAAAGGCAGAAAGCGAACGAUUGAGACGCAUGCAAGCUGUCCAACGGGACCCGCUGUCACAGGAGGCUCAACAGUUCUUGCUGGAGGAGCUGCAGCAAGAAAGAAUCAAUGAGAAUUAUUCGAUGGCACGGGAGCAUCUUCCUGAAGGGUUUGGAUCUGUGUGCAUGUUGUACAUAGAUGUGGCGAUCAAUGGAGUCCCGUGCAAGGCCUUUGUCGACAGCGGCGCGCAGCAGUCGAUUUUGUCUUUGGAAUUUGCAGAGAAGUGUUCCCUAGCAUCCCUCAUCGACAAGCGCUUUGCUGGGUUGGCAAUGGGGGUUGGCAAAGCUCCCAUAAUUGGCCGAGUGCAUCUGGCGCCCCUUAAGCUGGGCACGAAGUUCUGCCCGUGCAGUUUUAUUGUUUUGGAGGACACCAAGAUGCAGAUGCUUUUGGGUCUAGACAUGCUCAGGCGAUAUCAGAUGAUCAUCGACCUGAAGAAAAACGCCCUGAUUGUUGAAGGAGAGGAGAUUCCUUUUCUUUCCGAGGCGCAAAUCGGCAAAGGGCUGUUUGGAACUGGAGAGGUAGAGAGUGCAAAGACUGCGGAAAAGCCAGAAGCACCUAAGUGA